CACCUGGAGAGACUCGUCAGUGGCUCGAGGCGCCCACACUCGUGAAGGCCGAGAAGGGGAGAACCGGGACGGCAGCCCAGGAGAUCGGGCCCCGCCACCUCCUCGCCGCGAUCCUGGACUUCCUCCUGCCGCAGGACCCGGCUUCCACGUGUACCCCGGAGCCGGCGCCUUCGCACACGGUCCGCUCCGGGCCUGGGUGUCUUCCGCAGCCCGAGCAGCCGGGGAUCCGGGGCCCGAGUAGCAUCUGGGCCAAGUUAGGAGCGGCCGAGUGGAGCACCGAGCUUCUGCAAGGCCGGAGGGGCCGCGGGGCGUCCGGGGCUGAGCUGCAGCAAAUGGGCUCCGACGUGCGGGACCUGAACGCGCUGCUGCCAGCGGUACCCUCGUUGGGCGGCGGCGGCGGCUGCGCCCUGCCCGUGAGCGGCGCCGCGCAGUGGGCACCCGUGCUGGACUUUGCGCCCCCGGGCGCCUCGGCUUACGGUUCUUUGGGCGGUCCUGCGCCGCCGCCCGCUCCGCCGCCACCCCCGCCGCCGCCGCCUCCUCACUCCUUCAUCAAACAGGAGCCGAGCUGGGGCGGCGCGGAGCCGCACGAGGAGCAGUGCUUGAGCGCCUUCACCGUCCACUUCUCCGGGCAGUUCACCGGCACAGCAGGAGCCUGUCGCUACGGACCCUUCGGUCCUCCUCCUCCCAGCCAGGCGUCGUCUGGCCAGGCCAGGAUGUUCCCCAACGCUCCCUACCUGCCCAGCUGCCUCGAGAGCCAGCCCGCUAUUCGCAACCAGGGAUACAGCACAGUCACCUUCGACGGGACUCCCAGCUAUGGUCACACGCCCUCUCACCAUGCGGCGCAGUUUCCCAACCACUCCUUCAAGCACGAGGACCCCAUGGGCCAACAGGGCACGCUGGGCGAGCAGCAGUACUCCGUGCCGCCCCCAGUCUAUGGCUGCCACACCCCCACCGACAGCUGCACAGGCAGCCAGGCCCUGCUGCUGAGGACGCCCUACAGCAGUGACAAUUUAUACCAGAUGACCUCCCAGCUUGAAUGCAUGACCUGGAAUCAGAUGAAUUUAGGAGCCACAUUAAAGGGAGUUGCUGCUGGGAGCUCCAGCUCAGUGAAAUGGACAGAAGGGCAGAGCAACCACGGUGCGGGAUAUGAGAGCGAUAACCACACCACGCCCAUCCUCUGUGGUGCCCAGUACAGAAUACACACCCACGGCGUCUUCAGGGGCAUCCAGGAUGUGCGGCGCAUGCCUGGAGUAGCCCCGACUCUUGUCCGGUCAGCAUCUGAGACCAGUGAGAAACGCCCUUUCAUGUGUGCUUACCCGGGCUGCAAUAAGAGAUAUUUUAAGCUGUCUCACUUACAGAUGCACAGCCGGAAGCACACUGGUGAGAAACCAUACCAGUGUGACUUCAAGGACUGUGAGCGAAGGUUUUCUCGUUCAGACCAGCUCAAAAGACACCAAAGGAGACACACAGGUGUGAAACCAUUCCAGUGUAAAACUUGUCAGCGAAAGUUCUCCCGGUCCGACCACCUGAAGACCCACACCAGGACUCAUACAGGUAAAACAAGUGAAAAGCCCUUCAGCUGUCGGUGGCCCAGUUGUCAGAAAAAGUUUGCCCGGUCAGACGAGUUAGUCCGUCAUCACAACAUGCACCAGAGAAACAUGACCAAGCUCCAGCUCGCGCUUUGAGGGGUCCAACCCGAGGACAGUUCUGUGUCCCAGGCAGGACAGCAUGUGAACUACUUUUCAAGCCUGACUUUAAAAAUUCACCUUCACUCACCUCUCCAAGAAGGAAACGGCAGUUGAUCUUCUUCGUCCAGCUUCCAAGACAAGAUGUCUGUACUACUGGAUCCUACCAGGUUUGCCAGGAGGACUUGGGCUCUGCUUUGCCAACUUGUAGUUGACUCACAAGGCCCUGGAGAAGUGGCUCACAACGUCCGGUUAAUUAAAAGCCCAUCACCAUUGGGUCGGGAUUUGCCAGUGUAAGAAGAGCCAUUGUUGAUAAUGUCAUCCUCCCCCGGCCCCCUUCUCCUUUUAUGCUCAUUUUCACUGGGAAUGGAGUCAUUGUACCAUUUUCCAUCAUAGAAUAUUUAUAGGCCAGGGCAUGUGUAUGUGUCUGCUAAUGUAAACUUUGUCAUGGUUUCCAUUUACUAACAGCAACGGCAAGAAAUAAAUCAGAGAGCAAGGCACUAGGGGUGAGUCCCGUCCGACAUUCCAGAGGUUAGGCAGGCGGCUAACCUGAAAGGCAGGAUGGAGCACACCGCCAGGCAACUUUUAAAACGCAUGCGUUUCAAGCAGCUGAGAAAAGAAUCAGAACUAACCAGUACCUCUGUAGAGAAAUCUCCAAGAAUCUAACCAUUCAGUUAAUUCAAUGUUAACAUUAACACAAUGCUCUUUAAGAAACUGCUUGAAGAUCUGAGAUUUUGGUUUUGUGUUUAUUUUAGACUUUUUUGAGUUGUUGUCAUAUGCAUCUUCAGAGAUGUACAUAUCUCCUCACACAAAGGAAGUGGAAUUCAUUUUUAAUCAUUUGGAGUGUCCUUAGUGUGUACUGACCACGCUGGUUAUGUGGCUUCAAGUUGUAAAAAUUAAAGUGACCCUAAAAGAAAUAGGGGCUGGACCAGGAUCUCCACUGAUAAGACUGUUCUUAAGUAACUUAAAUAAUUUUGGGUCUACAAGUACAUGUGGAAAAAAAAAUGAGACUUACUAGUGUGAGGAAAUCCGUUGUUUAAGGGUAAUUGGGUGUGUGUGGUUUUUCUUUUUUAAGGGAGGGACUUUAUUAUUUACUGUUGCUUGAAAUUAUUGUGUAAAUAUAUAUAUGAUAAUAAUUUUCUCUUUGAUAACUAAAGUUAGGAAAUGUAUAAAUAUUAGAUGCAUCACUGUCUUGGUGUUGAUCUUACAACGUAUUGAUGAUAACACUAAAAAUGUAACCUGCAUUUUUCACUUUGCUCUCAAUUAAAGUCUAUUCAAAACGAAA